AUAAAGCUAAAACUUACAGUAGAUAAAGUAUUAGAACACGGUUGCGGUGACAAUAUGGUGUAUUCACUUUAUCUCCUAAUGGUUUAAAUAACAUUAGAACAGCAAAGCGUGUGUACGAAAAUGUACGUGUGUUUCUCUCAUGUCUUUUUCGUUAAAACAGUUACUCGCAGUGAGUAGAGUCUCCAGAAAGUUUACUGAAGUGAGAGUAGUGAUACUUCAUAACGUUUUAUCUCGUAAAAAUAAAAAAAAAAAAAAAAAGUACGUUGUAGAAAAAAGAAGAGAAAUAAAAAAAAUGGUUAUGCAUUUUUGUCUGAGGUGUGUUUUGUUAGGGGAUUUGAGUCAGCUGCUUAUCUAGACGCGGUCCAGAGCUCACCUUUGAGUCAGGUGUCUGGUUUCUGCGUGGCUCCACCCCCCGCAACUAAGCGGGUCUUGGAGUCUGUCUGCCUCCACAAGCGCAGUGGUGUUGGCCGUGGACCGAUCGGACAGAGUUUGUCCUCAGCAGGGAACAUCACAGGCGCGCCUUUUCGUACUGGACUCCCUGUCUCUCUUGACUCUGUCGCCAUGAGCAUGUUGACAUCGGAGAACGCUUUUCUUUCUUCUUUACAGCCACACACCUUAUCAACCACUUAUGCUCUCCCGUCGGACAACCAACUCGGGAAUGGGAGCGCCAUGUCGGACGACGCCGUGCGAGCGCGGCGUGUCCAGGAGCAGAUCAAGAUGAAAAUGGCCGAGAAGAGCACACUUCCGCGUCAGAAUGGAAAGGCCUCCCAAUACGCAAUGUCAGACUACGGCGGUUCAUCAACAAUGAAAUACAGCACCUACAGCCCAAGUUACAGUUCCAAGUCUUCCUACAUGUACUCAGGCUCAAAAACCCUGGGUCCUCGUGUGUCCACCAGGACAGAUUUCAGCAGCCGGUCCGCAGCCCCAGACAUAACCCAGUUUCAGCGGAUGAGUGUGGGUUUGGGUAGAGGUGGAGGUGGAGGUGGAGGUUUUUACCGGGAAGAAAUGCACAGUGGUGGUUUCCAAGGGACCAUCAGACAGAACCAAAUGGAUCGAGAUGACAUGUCUGUGCAUUCACUGCAAAGCCCGGCAUGGGUGAUAGACAACAGCGAUGCUGGAAGCAUGAUCUCCGAGCGAGAUGCCGCCUAUGACCAACAGUAUUCCCAGAGUGGAAUGAACGGCUUCGGCACCCAAUUAAGACAAGGAGGAAGCACCAUGACUUAUCAGACUUAUCAGACUCCUGAGCCAGCACUAGGCACCGGGCGCCGAAGUUUAAGUAGCACUCUAUCCCGUGGUAGUGGUCUGGGAGGAGGAGGGACAGAGAUUAUCCAACAGCAGUCCUUUAAAGGCCCAGCCCACCGCACCAUCAACAGGAUUGCAAACCGUAACCGGAUGAGUAUGACCUCCAUGACUGGGUCCCGGAUGACCUCAAGUUCCGGCAACAUUGGAGCAGGAGGAGACAGAACAGAUGGUGGGUUCUUAAUGUCCGUGAAAUCUGGUUCCCACGGGAACCUCCUUCAGCAACGCCAAGGUGGCCUGUCGCGAUCCACGUCUAUGAGAAGUGUUCAGAGCGUGGGCGGGGGCAUGGAUAUCUUUGGCCAGGCAGAUUUGGAAGACAAUCCCCUCUUUGAACGGCUCCACAGCGUGGAUGUACCCACUGCAGUUUCAUACCUGAGAAUGGAGGACACGGGGAUGCAGGUCUUGGGUUCAGCGUACAUUCAGCAUAUUUGUUUCAAUGAGGAGCGAGCAAAAGACGAGGUGAGAGAGUUGCAUGGCACUGAGCUUCUGGUGACGCUGUUCAAAAGUCCUGAUGCUGAAGUUCGCCGUUUUUCCACUGGCGCCAUGCGCAAUAUGAUCUAUAAAAAUGUUGAAAAUAAGCAGGAGCUUAUUAAACAAGGUGGCAUCGGGGCGCUUAAUGACGCUCUUGAACAGGAAGAUGAUGAGCUUCGCAAAAACAUCACAGGUAUUCUGUGGAAUCUUUCAGCCAAAGACGGUUUUAAGGAACAGCUGAAGACGAUCCUUCCUCGCCUCACUGAGAAAGUCGUUAUCCCUCUCACUACAAAAGAGGCUGAAAAAGCAGAAAUGAUUAAACAAGACAAAGGUAUCGCCCCAGAUUGUCCCUCAGAGGCAGAAAUACUACACAACACGUUGGGAUACUUGAGGAAUCUGAGCUCUGGCUCAGAAAAGGUCCGUAGAGCGGUGCGAGAAGCAAAAGGGCUGGUGGAGUCUUUAGUGGGUUAUCUUCGUUCCACCCUUGAAGUUGGAAAAAUAGAAGAAAAGGGUGCUGAGAGCGUAAUGUGCACCUUAAGGAACCUCUCAUUCAAACUGUUUGAAGAACUGCCUCCGUCUAUAAAAACAAAUUUGUUUGAGGAUGGUACAACUUCCUCAUCUACCGUCGGCUGCUUUUCACCGAAUAGCAGCAAAAUCAAACAGCACAAAGCGUGUGACCAAAAAGGCUUUUCACCUAAUGAGGUAUCAAAGUCUCCAAAAGGCUUGGAGUGGUUGUGGCACCCUAAAAUAGUGCAUUUGUACAAUAGCGUGAUUAAAUCAUGCGAAAUUAAUGCCUGCACACGAGAGGCGGCCAUUGGAGCUCUGCAGAACAUCACCGGUGGACAGGACCCGUGGGCUGAAAAGUUGUCCCGCUACAUGGUGAACGACUACAAGAUGCUGCCAAACCUGCUGGAUCACUUGCGCUCAGAAAGGAACAAUGAGCUACGUUCUCUCACUGGCUUGUUGAGGAACCUCUCCUCUCAUACUGACACCUCACAAGCACUAGAUGCCGUGGUGAGGAGGUUACCAGAGGACAACAAAGACGUGCCUAGUCCUGAGGCUCUGAUCAACCUCUGCGGCAUUCUCAAUAACAUGGUAGCGCGCAGCUUCGACACUGCCAAGAAACUCACUGAAGGUUCUGGGUUGUCCAGACUGAUGGACAUGAAGAGUCUGGUGAACGACAAUCUAGUGUAUGCUGACGCGAGCCGAAGUGCACGCGUAGUACUUCGCAACAUGUAUAACUACAGGAAACUGCACAGGAUUUUCAGACGGAAAGGUUAUGAGAGAAAGGACUUCUGUGAUGGAUGAGAUGCAGGAUCUGACCCAUGAGACAAACUGCUGUGUAUUUUUACAAAACGGUCCAUCAGAACAGCACGAGAACCGUCGAGGCAGCAGGAUUAUGAUUGAACAGAUAUUGCCGGCACUCUAACUAAUUUGUGUAAACACUGUUUGUAUACUCUGAGGGAUUUUAGUCCAGUCAUAGCAACAUGCAUUUAAACAAAAUGGCUUAAAAACAACAACAAAAAACCACUGUUGAUGGGAGAACCUAGUGCACUCACUAUAACAAGUUAGCUUUGUAAAUAGUGCUUUUAAUUUUAAAAAUAUAUUAGAUUGAAUAUUUCUUUUGUUUAUACAAGUUAGCAUCUAAUCUUGUUUUAUUUGAAUGGAAAUUAGAGACAAAAAAAGUGGAUGUAAAUAUCUUUUAUCUUUGGGGAUCGUGCUUAUGGAUUUGCAUGUUUUCUUACACUACAAAUAAAAAUCUAUAAAAACUGUG